GUGUGCUUAGCUUUUUUUUUGCCAGAUGGACUGGACAGCUGCUGCCCCAACAAAGAAAUCAAUGAGCGUUGACAAUACAAAAAAAUUAGCUAUUAUUGCUGCCGGAGUGAGUCUUGUGUAUGUCCUGGUGCGCCACAAGUACUCCCUCCUGUCCAGGAUGCGGCGCACAUGGCACUCGAACAGUCCGCUGCACAACAGGCGCGUAGAAGUCAUCAACUCCAUCCAUGACCCAGCCGCCCAGGUCGUGCUAAACGAGCUGCGAACUCACUGCCAGAGCUUUAAGGUGGUCGGCUUCGACUGCGAGUGGAUCACGGUGGGGGGCAGCCGGCGACCCGUCGCCCUCCUUCAGUUGAGCUCCCACAAAGGACUUUGUGCUCUCUUCCGACUGUGUACUAUGAGGCAAAUACCAAAGGACCUGCGCGACCUGCUCGAAGACGAGGCAGUGAUCAAGGUGGGAGUAGCGCCUCAGGACGACGCCAAGAAGCUGGUACACGACUACGGAGUGGGCGUCGCCAGCACACUGGACCUUCGCUUUCUGGCCGUCAUGGCCGGACACAAGCCCGAGGGGCUGGGAAAGCUAGCCAAGACACACGUAGACUUCGUAUUGGACAAGAACUGGCGGCUGACAUGCUCCAACUGGGAGGCUAAGCAGCUGGAGACUAGCCAAAUCGACUACGCGGCCAACGAUGCACUGGCUGCCGUGGCCAUUUUCCAGAAGCUAUCCAACGAUCUGGAGCCACGGAACUUCUGGGACUGGCGGCCAUUGAGUGAGCAAAGCUAUCGACCCAAAAUCGAGCCCUUCCUGGACGUGCACUUCGCCAGGGGCUUCAACAUCAAUCUGUCGGCGGAUGGGAGUCGUGCCCCCAGUUCUGGUUCCCAGAAGCAGAAGAAAGUGGCGAAUAAGAAGCAGCAAUGCCGCUACCUCGGAACUCAGUCAAAGGUCUUCUACGAUAACUGCCUGCUGCAGGCACCCGACGGGGAGCUCCUCUGCACGAUGGAUCGCCGCAAAGCCUCCUGGUAUUUGGCACAGAAUCUGGGUACCAAAGUCAGCGAGAAUCCGUUCACAGUGCGCCUGAACUUUGAGCCUGCGGGACGGGCUGUCGGAGAGGUUGGACGCUACUACCAGACGCCCAAGGAGAACCAGUGCGUGGUGUGUGGCAAUCGAGAGGCGUUCAUCCGGAAGAAUGUGGUGCCGCAUCAGUACCGGAAGCAUUUCCCGGUGGUUAUGAAGUCGCAUACCUCCCACGACGUUCUGCUGCUGUGCCCGCCCUGCCACCAACUGAGCAACAUCUCGGAUCUGCGGGUUCACUGCAAGCUGGCCGCCAAGUGCGAUGCCCCGUUCAAGCACAGCGAAGGCAAUGUCCGGUAUCACGUCGAUCCAGAGCUAAAGCGGGUCAAAUCCGCUGCUAAAGCACUGCUGUUUAAUGGCCACCGCAUCCCCGAGCAGAAGGUGGAGGAGAUGCGCCGUACGCUUCUGGACUAUUACAAGGAUCACACCGAGGUCACAGAUCAGCUGCUGAGGGAGGCCGCGGACGUGGAGUAUCGAAUGGAGAACGAAGACUAUUGCCAGCACGGCGAGAAGGUGGUUCAAAUGUACCGCUUCGAAUUUGGAGGCCUGAUCGAGCUGGAGCUGCUGUGGCGAGAGCACUUUCUGCACACGAUGAAGCCAAAGUUUCUGCCCGACCACUGGAACGUCAAUCACAAUGCCGAUCGCUUGGAGGUGCGAGCCAGCGAGGGGCGCGUAGACAAUGCGGAUUUGCUGGUGACGGGACUGGAGAUGAAGCCAAACAACGAAUAAUCGGGAUGCGGAAUUGUUUUGGUUUGCCGCGGGCUUUGUACGUUUUGUAUUUUGGUAAAAAUAAACUACAAUACAAUUGGA